ACCCCCUCCUCCAAUCCCCUUCUUUCAUCUUCAUUUUUUUCCUCAUACAAAACCCAAAAGUUCACAAGAACUCCUUUUGAGUAUUUUUUGGGGUCUUUCUUGAAAUUAAAAAAAAAAAAAAACAAGAAAGAUCAAAGAACAGAGUGAACUUUGGUUAACUAUUAGAGAAAAAAGAGAGGAUUUUGCUUUGAAUAGAAGUGUUUCUGAUGAAAUUUCUGUUAAAGAAACAGGAGUUUUUAAAAAUGCAGAAGUUUAAUUUAAUGUUGGUGGUUUUAUUGUGUUGUUUGGUUUCUUUAUGUUCUGGUUCUGUUUCAUAUGACCAUAAGGCUAUCGCCAUUAAUGGUCAAAGAAAAAUUCUUAUUUCUGGAUCCAUUCAUUACCCAAGAAGCACCCCUGAGAUGUGGCCAGAUCUUAUUCAGAAGGCCAAAGAAGGAGGGUUGGAUGUCAUUCAGACUUAUGUUUUCUGGAAUGGUCAUGAACCCCAACCUGGUCAAUAUUAUUUUGAAGAUAGGUAUGAUUUGGUAAAGUUCAUAAAGCUAAUCAAGCAAGCUGGACUCUAUGCUCAUCUCAGAAUUGGUCCUUAUGCUUGUGCUGAAUGGAACUUUGGGGGAUUUCCUGUUUGGUUGAAAUAUGUUCCAGGAAUUAGUUUCAGAACAGAUAAUGGCCCUUUCAAGGCUGCUAUGGAAAAAUUCACAAGGCACAUAGUGAAUAUGAUGAAAGCGAAUGGCUUAUAUGAGACACAAGGUGGUCCAAUUAUUCUAUCUCAGAUUGAAAAUGAAUACGGGCCGUUGGAGUACGAACUCGGAGCACCGGCUCGAGCGUAUACAAAAUGGGCUGCACAAAUGGCUGUGGGUCUAGGAACCGGUGUACCGUGGGUCAUGUGUAAGCAAGAUGAUGCCCCUGACCCAGUUAUUAACACUUGCAAUGGUUUUUACUGUGACUAUUUCACUCCCAACAAAAACUUUAAACCGAAGAUGUGGACCGAAGCAUGGACAGGAUGGUUCACCGAGUUUGGAGGGGCGGUUCCUUAUAGACCAGCUGAAGACUUGGCGUAUUCGGUUGCUAAAUUUAUUCAGAGUGGUGGAUCUUUCAUCAAUUAUUAUAUGUAUCAUGGAGGAACCAACUUUGGGCGGACUGCGGGUGGCCCGUUUAUUGCUACAAGCUAUGACUAUGAUGCUCCUCUUGAUGAAUAUGGACUAAAACGGGAAGCUAAAUGGGGACAUUUGAAAGAUUUGCAUAGAGCCAUUAAACUAUGUGAGCCCGCUUUAGUAAACGGCGAUCCCUCUGUUGUCACCCUCGGAAACUAUCAAACGGCAUAUGUUUACAAAUAUAAGGCUGGAGGCUGUGCUGCUUUCCUUUCGAAUAACAACCGAGCUGCUUAUGCAACUGUGAACUUUAGAGGCCAGCGUUAUAAUAUUCCGCCUUGGUCUAUAAGCAUUCUUCCCGACUGCAAGAACACCGUUUAUAAUACCGCAAGGGUAGGUGCGCAAACGUCAUUGAUGAAGAUGACUUCAGAGGGCGGAGGAUUUUCUUGGCAGUCGUAUAAUGAUCAAACUGAAUCAUAUGAUGACAAUUCAUAUACGACCGUCGGAUUAUUAGAGCAACUUAAUGUCACUAGAGAUUCUUCCGAUUAUUUGUGGUACAUGACAGAUGUCAAGGUUGGCUCCAAUGAAGGGUUCUUGAAAAGUGGGAAGUGGCCUACACUUACAGUCAUGUCUGCGGGUCAUGCUUUGCAUGUUUUCAUCAAUGGUCAGUUAUCAGGAACUGUCUACGGAAGUCAAGCAAAUCCGAAAAUAACUUUUAAUAAACCGGUAAAUCUAAGACCUGGUGUGAACAAGAUUUCUCUACUAAGCAUUGCUGUUGGUCUUCCGAACAUCGGUCCACAUUUUGAGACUUGGAACGCGGGUGUUCUUGGUCCGGUCACGCUCUAUGGUCUCAACGAAGGAAAACGAGACUUGACUUGGCAAAAAUGGUCUUAUAAGGUUGGCCUUAAAGGUGAAAUUCUAAGUCUUCACUCACUCAUGGGAAGUUCAUCUGUUGAGUGGAUUCAAGGUUCUUAUGUGGCUCAGAAACAACCGUUAACGUGGUACAAGACUAUUUUCAAUGCUCCGGGUGGGAAUGAACCUUUGGCUUUAGACAUGAGCAGUAUGGGAAAAGGUCAAAUAUGGAUAAACGGACAAAGCAUUGGACGUUAUUGGCCUGCGUACAAGGCACGAGGAUCUUGUAGUACGUGUAGUUACGCUGGAUAUUUUGACGAGAAAAAAUGUUUAAGUAAAUGCGGCGAAUCUUCCCAAAAAUGGUACCACGUACCGCGGUCAUGGUUAAAACCGAGAGGAAACUUAUUGGUUGUGUUUGAAGAAUUAGGAGGAAUCCCGUAUGGAAUAUCGAUGGUGAAAAGAUCCGUUUACAGUGUGUGUGCUGAUAUAUACGAGUGGCAGCCUUCACUAAUGAAUUAUGAAAUGCAAGCUUCUGGUAAAGCGGCUAAACCGUUGAGGCCCAAAGCACACCUUUCGUGCAGCGCGGGUCAGAAAAUAACUUCGAUAAAAUUUGCUAGUUUCGGCACCCCGUUGGGCGGUUGUGGUAGUUAUAGUGAGGGUAGCUGCCAUGCUCAUCAUUCUUAUGAUGCAUUCAACAAGUACUGCAUUGGACAACAAUCAUGCACGGUACCUGUAACACCCGAGGCAUUUGGAGGUGAUCCUUGCCCGAAAGUAAUGAAGAAACUUUCGGUUGAAGCAAUUUGCAGCUGAUGAUGAUGAUGAUUAAAAACAAGAGAGAAAAAGGGAAAAGUUUCAACUUCAAGGACAGCAAUUUGGUUUGAAUUUAUUUAAGAUUUAAAAUUUUAUAGUUUAUUUAAAAUAUAAUAUGAUGGAGUUUUGCCAAAGGUGAAGAAGUUGUACAGAUAUGCAACACACCAUUGUGGUUCAAAAGCAUCUGUCAUAUAUAUAUAGGCUUUGAAGAUUGUUGUAAAUAAAGUUGGCUCGCAUGCGAAUGUGAUGUUUGUAGGAAAGCACUUUGAGACUCUGACUCGAGUCCAUCGGCUUUAUUUGAAGUCAAAUGUAAAAGCUUCUGGCUUUCUUUCUAUCUCUGUAAAAACAUUUGAAGAUUGUUAUAUUUCAUCAAGUUUCUGUUACAA